UUUUUCGAUUUCUAUUAUUGUCAUUUCAAAGCAGCAGCAAGAGAACAACUUUCAGAAAUGAACAAUAUUUUGUUUAUAAGUCUCAUUUUGGGAUGCUUUAUAGCCGUUCUUUGUGGACGAUACGACAUGUACGAAUUUCAUGACUCACACGGACGCUGUUGGCGUUGCACGAACGGAAACGACUGUGUAAGAUGCUAUGAGCCAAUAGCACGAUUUAACUUCCCUGAUCCAUGGGGUAGAGAAUGUCUCGCACCUACUUCAUGUGCAACAUAUCCAGGCGCUAAGUUUCCUCAUCAAGACAUUACUCGAUACUAUCUUUGUGCUCUUAACAGCCAAGUAGUCACCGUUUCUUGCUUCUGUGAUACAGUUUUUGAUAUGAGACAACAGAUGUGUGUAAAGUCAGAUGUCAUGACUUCAAUUGGCUGUUCUGCAUACACACAAUCAGAACCAAGAGCAUGUACUUAAAUAUUUUGCUUAUUUUUUUUUUUAAUAAAAUUGGAAUUAAUUAAAUCCAGAAUAAAAUGCCAGCUUGAAGUUUUAAAUGAGUUAUUAAAAAUAUGAAUAAAUGAC